ACCGAUACGUCAAAAGUGCUGCAGAAAAACAAUUCAUAUUUACCUAAAACUUCGAUAAAACGCGUUAUCUUAAAACAAAGCCACUAAUGUGAACAUUUAGAACUAUUUAGCGGUCAAUCGCCGAACAAAAUUGGUAUUUUAGAACGCUGCCGUAAUGAAUACGAAGGCGCGGCAAGAUCCAUGUUUGUUGACAUUUACUACAUCGUGUAUAGCUGUGUUGUGUUGUGCACCGCGCCGCGCCGUAUCUCUCAAUUGCAACGUGAAUUAUACGAAUCUGUGCUCAAAAUACAAUCAAAACUUAUCAAGUAAAAGCUCAGCAGUGAUUUAUUAAGUGCGUCGGACAUAUUUACUACUAUUUUGCUGCGAUUGUGAAUGAGUAAAAAGAGCGGGCAAAUCAGUGCAAGUGACGAUUGUAUAGCUAUUUUUAGACUGACUUGUACAGCGACAAAACGGCUAUUUGAUACUAGAAAUGUGUCAGUGUGUCAAAUUAAUGCUCCAAUAAGAAUUUGUCAGUGAAAAAAUGAUAUUAUAAUCGUAUUGGAAUGUUUUGUACAGACUAUUGAGGAAAACGAUGCCGCGAAACUAGUUUGACAGCUCACAGACGCACACUGAAACAAAACCGUUGUAUACAUGUGUGUGUACGGACUGAAGUGAUGUGUAUUUCUUGCUUAUCGAUUAGCAAGAUAAUUUCAAGGACAUAAGUCGAUACUACUUAAUGUGUAUGACCAUUUAUGAACUUAAUAAAGAAUAUUGAAUUCUUACUACCUAGCGUCUUUCUAUAGCUAUUUAGCGACUGCACCAUGGAUUCGCCGCAGUUAGAAAGUAAAAGUUCCGAUAACGGCGCACAAAAGAGCGUCUCGACGUCGAGCUCCAAUCAGCUAUACAUAACAGAUAGCUUCGAACUACCAGAUGAUACAUUCCGAAUGAGUUUAGAUAACUUUUCUGUUAUCGGAGAAAAUGUUACUGUUGGAAACAGAGAUCCUUCUUUCAACAGUACAGUGACAUCAAACAUUAUCACUCCUUUACUAACACUUCCCACUCCAAGCAUUGAAACUCCAGAUACGCCUACGAACUUGCCAUUUAGUCCGGUGGACACUCCACCACUUGUGAUAGACACACCAAAAAUGGGAGAUAAUAGCUUAUCAGAGAGUUUUAGACCACCGAAUCUGUUAAAAUUAUCUCUGACUAAAAAGAAUGAGAGCGAUAUGUUUGUGAAGCCGACUCCCGGUGCAGAUGUCAUGUCUCCUGCGAAAAUGUUACAAUUCGAAGUGGAUUAUGCGACUAGCGCUACCCCAACAAUGAAACGAGCCGUAGUAGACUUUGAUUUCUUCAACAAAAACAAUUUUGAAGAGUACUUCGACGAUGUACCGAAAUCAGAAGAUCUAGAAACUUCGGAAAACUUAAAGGAAGACGAUAAAAGUUACGAAGAAACUCCGGUUAUCGUGAAGGCCAAUACAGUCCGCCACGAAAUAGGUUACGUGAACCUCAAUAGCGCUUCAAAAGUGGACAUAUCACAUUUUGAUUUGCUCCAAGUCCUCGGCACCGGAGCAUACGGCAAGGUGUUUUUAGUUAGGAAAAGAUGUGGAGUCGACGAGGGCAAGUUGUAUGCAAUGAAAGUACUGAAGAAGGCCUCCAUAGUCCAGAAACUGAAGACUGCUGAACACACGCGGACCGAGAGACAGGUCCUGGAAGCGGUUAGAGCGUGCCCCUUCCUAGUCACACUCCACUACGCGUUUCAGACUGAUGCCAAACUACACCUCAUACUCGAUUACGUGGCGGGUGGCGAACUGUUCACACACUUGUACGAGAGAGAACAUUUCCACGAGAAUGAAGUGCGGAUAUACAUCGCGGAGAUCAUACUUGCGCUCGAGCAGUUGCAUAAGCUCGGCAUAAUCUACCGCGACAUCAAACUCGAGAACAUACUUCUCGACGCUGAGGGCCACAUCGUGCUGACAGACUUUGGGCUCUCCAAGGAGUUCUGCGGCGGGGAGAGCCGGGCGUACAGCUUCUGCGGCACCAUAGAGUACAUGGCGCCUGAGGUGGUCCGCAGCGGCAGCCAGGGGCAUGAUAUUGCAGUAGACUGGUGGUCAGUCGGCGUCCUCACAUACGAGCUGCUGACAGGAGCCUCCCCCUUCACGGUGGAGGGCGAGAAGAAUACCCAACAGGAGAUCACCAAGCGUAUUGUCCGCUGCAGCUAUCCCGUACCCACGGAUGUUAGCCCAGAAGUGCAAGACUUCAUCAAGAAACUGCUGGUGAAGGACCCUCGCAGGCGGCUGGGCGGCGGCGAUGAAGACGCCGAUGAACUCAAGAGGCACCCGUUUUUCCAGAACCUCGACUGGGACGCAGUGUCGCGGCGCGCGGUGCCGGCCCCGUUCGUGCCGACGCUGGCGCACGCGGCCGACACCUGCAACUUCGCGGACGAGUUCACGCGCAUGCCGCCCACCGACUCCCCUGCGCAGGCGCCCAAGCACAGCGACAAGCUCUUCUUAGGAUACUCAUACGUAGCACCGAGCAUCCUGUUCUCCGAGAACAUCAUCUCUGACCAGAUCUGGAUGCAGGCAACCGGACAGAAGCAUGACAAGCUGAAAGGAUGGGUCGCCAAGGAUUCCCCUUUCUUCCAAAAGUACGCGGUGGACCUCAGCUCGCCGCUGCUGGGCGACGGAUCGUUCUCAGUCUGCAGGAAGUGUAUACACCGGCAGACCGGCAAGGAGUAUGCUGUUAAGAUAAUCUCUACCCAGAAGAAGGACAUUAAGCAAGAGAUUGAACUGCUGAAGGCGUGUCAGGGCUGUCCUUACAUCAUCACGCUGCACGAAGUGUUCCAUGAUUCCGCGUUCACGUACAUCGUGACGGAGCUGGCCCUGGGCGGCGAGCUGUCGUCGCAGCUGGCGGGCGGCGUGCCCGAGCGCGCGGCGCGGCGCCUGCUGGCGCAGCUGGCGCUGGCCGUCAGGCAUCUGGCCGCGCGCGGCGCCGUGCACCGGGACCUCAAGCCCGAGAACAUCCUCCUAACCAGCUGUCGCCUGAACGAGGCCCGCGUGAAGGUGGUGGACUUUGGGUUCGCGCGGCGCAUGCCCGAAUGCGACCAGCGGCAGCGGAUGAUGACGCCCUGCUUCAGCUUGCCGUACGCAGCUCCUGAGGUGGUGUCCCGCGCCCGCAGCGCCUCCGCCCCCGGCUACGGGCCCAGCUGCGACCUGUGGAGCUUGGGGGUCAUAUUCUACUGCAUGUUGUGCGGCAAGGCUCCGUUCCAGCCGGUGUCCAAGAAGGAGCCCAUCACGGCGUUCAUGGACCGCAUCCGCACCGGCAGCUUCACCAUGGAAGGUCCAAUCUGGGACAGGAUAUCCUCCGACAGCAAGCGCAUAGUGUCGGGGUUGCUGUCUGUGGAGCCGACACGCCGCCUGACCACCGACGAGCUGCUCGCCUCGCUGGGCAUCGUCAGCGUCGACACCAAUACUUUCAAACUAUCGGACAUGACAAAAGCGGACCUCUACAAACGGCGCAAUAAGAACAAGCAGCGCAAGUCGAGCGGCUCCGAACCUGGCACCUCGCAGGAGCUACCCAUGGAGGUAGAGGACACACAGGAGGAGGCCUCGCUCAUAGAAACCAUCAACAACCUCAAGAACCGCAUGAAUAAAAACUCCAUAGAAAAUGACGUGGAGCUCAUCAAAGCUAAUACACAAGACACGCCCGUCAACGAGGAACCAGAACCAACCUACACUGAGGAAGAAGACAUCCCCUCAGUCAAACCUGUAGAAAAAACAUACGCCAAAUCCAGAUCCAAACUAGACGAUUACAUUUACAUUGAGAGCAGCCAAGGCCUCGACGAUACGGAAGUAGCGUUCCCAAAGACAACGCGCAGUAAAAAGUCCAAAGAAGAAUCCUCACCGGUGCCGAGGAAACGGAGAAAAGUCGACACGAAGAAGAAGGAAGAAGAUAAAGAAGCCAAAGUCAACGGCGACAGAGAGUUGCGCAGCAAGAAGGCUGUUAAACCUAAAAAGACGACGCCAAAACGAACCGCACGCAACAAAGCAGCCGAAGACAAGAAAUCGCGGCCGACUAAAGAAUCUAUCGAGAACGAAAAGACAGUUGUUACUAGAGCGACACGCAAGAGAAAGUACGAGGAGAUAACCAAACCGGUACUCAGAGAGAAAGGCCAGAAUAGAUCGUCCAAGGGCAACGAAGUUACCGAAGUACCUACGAGGAAGAUGGCUAAAGCAAAGAAGAGCGCUAAGAAGACUCUAGCCCCUCUAGAAAUUAAAACUCAAGACAACGUUCGCAUGACGCGCUCGAGAAUGCGCCGUUUGGAGAUAAGUCUGUCUCCGUCGCAGGUGAAGACGGUAGUACCGGCGUUUUCGUUUGAGUCUGAUCGCCGCGUCGACUCUGUGGAGUCUACACGGUCGAGCAAGGCGAGGAAGCCUCGCGGGAAGGCGGCGACUAAAGCCAGCAAGACUAACAAGGCUAAGAAGCCAGUACGCAGCGUGCGCCCCCGCGCCAGCCGGAGGUGAAGGCCCCUGCACACCGCGCACUAACACCCUACAGACUGCUUUACAAUUGCGCUUAUACAGGGUGACCUGUUCGGGGGACUAGUGUUCAAUACGUGUUAGUGAAAAGUGAUCGGGAUAAACUACAAGAGUGACGUGAUUCAAAACAUGUGUUCACGACCACCCUGUAUAACCUCAAAUUCCAAAUGAGACAAAUAGUGAUGCAAUAAGACGGCUUUGCUCAUUCUAGGAUAGCAAAGAAAAGUUAUUUAUUCGAAAGAGUAAGUUAAUAUAAAAUUACGAAUGGAACGCGUAUAACUUGGUAAUGGUCAACAACGAAAGAGGCUGAAAUCUACGCAUGGCAACACUGAACUCGAAGAAAUUUCGUUGCCAUGCGAAUAAAAAUAAUUUCCAAAGUGAACCGAGUUAUAUGCCUUCCCUGUUUCCGUUCUAGUGUGAAAAAUUAACGGUAGUCCUGUUUUUAUUUUUUAAUCCUUUUAUUUAAUGUUACUAUUAAUUUUUAAGUAUACCUUUUUUCCCCUUUAUGAUUAAAAUUACCAUUAGAAUUAAUUCUUGACGUUGGUUAUUAUGUAUUUGAUUAGAAUAUAAAAUAAUUCUUAGGUAAAUUCUUGUGGGCGUGCAUGUUUCACUGCCUAGUUGAAUAUCAUUUGAACAUAAUUUAUUGUAAAAAGAGGUCUAUAUCGCUUAGAUGUUCCAUCGUUUCGCUUUAAGAGCAUCAACGAAUCAUUAUAUAUUACAAAGUAUAGUUUGUCUUAGCAAAUUUCUGUUAAUACAUCAAAGUGCGGAAAGAAAUACAGAUUAUUCGCCUCACAAUUUCCUACGAAAACCAAAUUUGUGUGACUGUUAAAACUUGUUGUUGUUUCUGUAGUAUUGAAGAUGCAUAUAUGUCUUUAUGAUGAAACAGAGGGUUACCUGAGGGCAAUUGUAGGUAUAAGGUCACCAAAUUAGAGUGGGUAGUCUGUGGGUUCUUAACUCUUUGUCAGUGUCCGAAUAUAGAAGUCUUACGGACGUCCCCGUGUCAUAGAUUAAAGAAUAAAUACUACGUAUAGAAUGGUAACUCCGCCCCGCGCUUUUUCGUAUCUGGCGCCGAGAUCUUCCCCUCUUGGUUUUUAGUCUUAAAUGGCUGUAAGCCGCUAAGGUGUAAGGGGGAGAGCGCGCGGACAGUCUCGCUCGCACUCACGCGUUACUCGGUUCACGGUGACAAUGAGAUUUUUGUAUCGCGUGUCGGGUGUGCCCAAGUUCUAUUUCGACUAGUGAUGUUCCGAAUAUCCGUAUCCGUGUCCGUUACUUUUCACGCGGAUCUUUUACGGAUCUUUUUCAGGUGAUUAAGUAGAAUUAUUAAAUAAAAAACAUAAAAUUCCACAGUGUCACACUAAACCAUAACCAAAACAAAAGUACUACCCGCGCAAUGCAAGUUAAAACGUGUCCUGCCUGACGUUGCGGCGAGAAUAAGAAAAUAAAGAUCCGCGGAUAUACAUUUUUAACGAUCCGGCACAUCACUAAUUUCGACAUACGUUGCAGGAAUGUGCACUAGAUAACUACGAGCCACGCCAAUGUAUGACGUAAAUUGUUGUUACUGUCUGGGAUGUCUAUAAGACUUCAAAAGGAUCUCUUUCCAUUAGUAUGAAUUUUAGGUUGUUUGUGUGUGUAUAUUUGUUUGAAAACUAGAUUUAAUAGGUUAAAUUUGUAAAUGUGUUUGGAAUAAUAAUCUAAUAGUUCUGCGUUGUAUACCUUGUCUCUUCCACUACGAAAAAAGUAAAUUAUAUAAAAAAAAAUGUUUUGAAUGGUGAUAGUGCCAAAGCAUGCUUGAAUUUCAAAUUCUAUUGUAACCAAAUUCGAUUCUAAAAGAAACAAUUUUUAAAGCCCUUUUUUUCUACCAUGGAUUUUUUAAACGCUAUUUUUCUCUCUACGAUACUUUUUUCGCUUUUACCAAAUAAAAAAAAAAGUUUGUUUUGAUUUAUUUCUGUGUAAAUAUUCUAGCAUUUAGUACAAAAUCGGUGGAAGAUUUAAAAAAAAAUAUUAUUUAUAAUUAUUAUUGUAAUUAAAAAUCUCAAUUUUGAAACGUCAUGUUGCUUAUUCUAAAAAUUUAGAUGUGGUUAGUAGGGCUGACGGCUGGUCACAUAUCGAAUGUUCCGAACGCGUGUUUGUGGCGAAAUUUGAACUGUUACAAUUUUCUGGCUAUCUCUAUCUAGUCCGAAUUUUGUCCAUAACAAGCAUUUCGUUCAAAAAUACAAAGUUUGUGGAGUUUCGUUCAAUUUCCAACAUUUAUUUGUUAUGAGACAUUGUUUUUUGAAAGUACUUUUAUAUGGGUAUUACUUUGCAAUUAGGAGCAACUGGUUUUAUUGUUUUUGUAAUGUAAUUGUAUCUAUUAGUGUAGUCACUAGCAAUACAUUUUACUAGGAGAAUUUCUAUUUAUGUAGUGCCUGACCAGAAAAAUUUAAAUAUAUGUAACGCAGCAAAUUAUAAUAAAUAAAGUAGCUUCGUUUUCUAUGACAAUAAAGCUUAAGCGACAUAGUAAUUAAACUGUUUAUUUUUCUGGCCAGACGGUACAAUAACAGAUUAUAUAAAGUAUAUAGAACUGUUGACGUUAUCCAAUUAGCUUAUAUAUUAUAUAGCCCGUAUAAAAGUACUAGACAUAUACGCAUAAUAAUGUAAACGAAGUAUCAACGCCGUAGGACGACAAAUUCUGGGAAAUUGUGAAUUUCCACUUCGUAGCCUUUACAUCACGUUUUAAAGUGCACUUAAAUAAAUGGAAUGUACCAAAAGAUUAUAUAAUUUUAUAAUGAAGUGUUAGGAAGUCGGCGGGGAGUAAACAAAUUUUGUAAGCGUAUGCCGGCGGAGUAUUGGAUUGUAAUAAAUAUACCAUUUUAACAUUUAAA